CUGCUCGGUGUACAGCACGGCUCCUUUUAAAAUCCGCGCUUCAUUUUCGAGCGAAGUGGUGAGUAAUAUUAAUCCAGUGUGCCUCGAGACGUUUUUAAGUCAAUUCCUGCGGGCGCUAUUUGUUGUUUCGGCGGAGGGAUACGGCGUUUAAUUCUGCCAGAUCUAGCUUCUUUUUUCCUCCGCUGGAAGCCAUGAUGGAAGUUUGAGAGUUCAGCUGGAGAAGAGACACCGCGAGAAGAAACGGCGAGAAAGAAGAUGAUUCCCUUCGACAGAUCUGCGGCGUGGACGCGUUUAUGAACCCGGCUCGCUUGGUAUUCGGUGUGUGAGCGAGGCGGAGGCCCGCGUUUCGGUUGGUUUUUGUGUCGGAAAUCGCGUCGACCUUUUGAACGGCGGAGAUGAUCGCUCGCUAGGACGGCUUUGGCUUGUUAAAGGUGGAGGAGAGACACACAGGAGAGAGAGAGAGAGACAGACAGACAGAAAUGGCCUCUACAGACUGAUUGUAAGUGCACUUGGGAGUGAAAGGGACGUUUUGUGGAUCCUCUUCCCCCCACAUGAGAGGCGAUGGAGAGGUUUUCGUGCUCGGUUCGGAGGUAAAUCACGGCGGAUCUGAUGCUCUGCGUUUGGGCUCCUGGAGGAUCGGAGAGCCCUUUUCUCUCCUGGAGGAUUGGGACACUCAGGAUUUCUGCUUUCGUUUUACUCUCUACGAGCAUCCUGAUCAGCUUUAGGACACAUUUAUAAACGCAGCUUGUUGUAAUUAGUGCUAUGUCGGUGACAGACACUGAGACAGUCUGCUUCAGGCCUGCUGUAGUCUGGACUGGAGCCCUGCUUGGGCCCUUCAAGCUUUAGGACACUUACAAAUCAAAGCAUCUCGUUUAUAAGCUGAAAUAAUCCUGGUUUUAACAAGUGCAGCCUGCUUAUCUCAAGCUUUUGUUCCCUUCUGAAGAUCCGGGCCUGUUCGCUGGAGAUCCGGCUCUGUCGUAGACACACCAAGCUUCCAUAAUCCUAAUUCUAAAACCCUAGUUCUGACAGAACCUCUCGGCCGGACGGGUCCAGGUCCGGAUGUCCUGACGGACCAGAAUAAGCCUGCUUUAUUCCGUAACUCUUCGUUAACGCUGCUGAAGAAAUUUUUGCAGAAAGGAAACGGCGUAAUCAGAGACCUGGUCCAUCGUUAUCACAGACUGGAAUAUCCUCGUUCCCGCAUUUCCAUCCCGCUGCCCCCGAGCGGAUCCGUCUCCAUCCUCCCCGGCUUCGAACCCAUCUUCCCGAGGAACGCCCGAGACGUCCAUUUCAAAUCCGAUUUCGACGAGCCAACGUUCAGAAAGCUCUACCAGGCCUGGUUUUGUCUUAGUAUCUAAAAAAUAACCCAGAUUUUUUUACUCCACACCCCGGACGAUGUCUUUAUGUCUGUUUUAAGCAGAUGUAAGAACUUUUUGGAUGCGGGUAUACGCUCUUCGUAACCGGUGGAGGUUGCUCUAGCAGGGUCCACUGGAUCUCCGAGGCCGUGGUGUGUGUUGUACACGUGUAAAUACAGAAAUCUGAUCUAAAACGCUGCACGUGAACGGGGGAAAAAACAACUUUUUCUAUACAGAAGCGUGUUAGUAAGUGAACCGCCAUGGCGUUUAUCAAGCAGAUCGUCAGCCGGGAAAAGAGGCGGUACCAAGAAGACGGGUUCGAUCUGGACCUUACGUAUAUUUACCCGAACAUCAUUGCUAUGGGUUUUCCAGCCGAGAGACUGGAGGGUGUUUACCGCAACAAGCUAGAUGACGUCGUACGGUUUUUGGAUUCCAAACACAAAAACCAUUACAAGAUAUAUAACCUAUGUGCAGAACGACACUAUGAUACGGGCAAAUUCAACUGUCAGGUGGCUCAGUACCCAUUUGAAGACCACAACCCCCCUCAGCUGGAGCUCAUCAAGCCAUUCUGUGAGGAUUUGGACCAGUGGCUGUCCGAGGACGAAAACCACGUUGCCGCCAUCCACUGCAAGGCAGGAAAAGGCCGCACAGGGGUGAUGAUCUGCGCCUACCUGUUGCAUCGUGGGAAAUUCAUGGAGGCGCAGGAAGCUCUGGAUUUCUAUGGAGAAGUCAGGACCAGGGACAAGAAGGGUGUGACCAUCCCGAGUCAGCGGCGGUACGUGCACUAUUACAGCUUCCUGCUGAAGAACCAUCUGGACUACAAACCCGUGGCUCUGCUCUUCCACAAGAUGGUGUUCGAGACACUGCCCAUGUUCAGCAGCGGUACCUGCAACCCUCAGUUUGUGGUAUACCAGCUGAAGGUGAAGAUCCACACGUCGAACCCGACUCACACGAGGCGAGAAGACAAACACAUUCACUUCGAGUUUCCUCAGCCACUUCCUGUGUGUGGAGACAUCAAAGUCGAGUUCUUUCACAAGCAGAACAAGAUGAUGAAGAAGGACAAGAUGUUCCACUUCUGGGUAAACACGUUCUUCAUCCCCGGGCCGGAUGAGAGCGGAGAGCGAGUGGAGAACGGCUCAGCCAUGAACGACAGCGACAGCCACUCGUCUAAUCAGAGCCAGAGCUCUCCCUCCGAGCGGGAACGAGGGAUGAGCGGAGGGGAGAGAGAGAGAGACAGGGAGCGAGAAGGAGAAAGAGAAUACUUGAUUCUAGUGCUGACGAAGAACGACCUGGACAAAGCCAAUAAAGACAAGGCCAACAGAUAUUUCUCUCCUAACUUUAAGGUGAAGCUGUUUUUCACUAAGACAGUGGACGAGACGUCGAACUCGGAGGCCAGCACUUCAGCGUCCGUCACUCCGGACGUUAGCGACAAUGAGCCGGAUCAUUACCGUUAUUCGGACACGACCGACUCGGACCCCGAGAACGAACCGUUCGACGAGGAACAGCACACACAGAUCACGAAAGUCUGAACGCUUCACACUCUGACACACACACACACACACACACACACACACACUUUCAGCUACCUAUAAUAGACAUGGACAUAAACAACCAACCAACACCAGACGAAAAAAAAAAAGGAGAAAACUUGAAAAACGUACUGAAGAGAAAAGGCCCCGCCCACAUCGCCCUCACUAACCCCACCCAUCACUUCUGCUCUCCUGACCAACCUCCGCUUUUAUUAUUGUUAAUUAUUAUUAUAUGAAUAUUGACGUCAUUGGCUGAGGCGAGUGGGCGGGUCCUGUAGCUACUCUGUAUAUGUAUAUAUAUAUCUAUAUAUAAAUAUAAAUAUAAAUCUAUAUAUAUUAAAAAAAAAAAUCCAGUUUUGUGUCGGACGAUUAAAAACUCGGCAAUCAGGCGAGGAGAGGAGGAGCGGGACGGACGAAGGCGAUACCACACUCGUUUAUUCCCCUCCAUCGUUCUUCUUUUCUUCCCUUCUCUUCCACCAGGCCAGUGCUGCAGUCGCAGGUCACUCCCUCCACCUCCUCCUCUCCCUCGCUCCCUUGUGAAGCACCACCCACCCACUCCUCCACUCGCUCUCCUCCCCAGGCGUGUGCUGACGGUCAGGCUUGAGAUGACUUGAUUUGUGAAUGGUGGGCGUGGCUGAGAUGUCAUAUUUGGAGUUUUAGCCCACCCCACCCCCACCCGGAGAAAUCUGAACCAUUUAAUUUGUUAAGUAUAUUGUGUAACGCUGCAAUUAAACACGGCACAGUUGUUUUCGUGACUCAAGUCAGUCUUUCUGUCGAUCGCUAACACAGUUAGGGGUGGAGCAUCAGCCUCACAGACUCCUUUUCUGAUUGGAUGGCGUGCAAGUCUCCUAAAACGCUCAUCUGGAAGGUUAAAGCUGCAAUCCGUUCAUCAGGAGUCGGAAGAGUUCUGCUUCAUCCCGCUUUCGAACAUAGCUCUGAAGUUGUGACAACGUUGCUAGGCAACUGGGAAAAUAUAUAUUGGGUGUGUCUGCUAGAUGUUGAAUAGCUAGCUAAGUAUUUUAAACUGACAGCGUGAAGGAAAAAGCAUCCUUAGGAACCUUGUGGAGUAAGAGCAUCAAUGUUUACCUCCAAGGUUUCAGAAAAUAUCUUCAACUCCAAUUAGCAUCAGCUGCUAACACGCUAUGCUACAAUAUGUACCUCUGAAGGUGCAAGUUGUUUAAACCAAAUCAACUCAAAGUCGCGUAACGUAACAGUUAGGGGCGGGGCUAAAUGAAGAGAAGACAAAUCAUUGGUCCUGCUGCGCUUUUGAUGAGUGAAAGUGACAGUUGGCUGACUGUUAAUUUUUGAAUUUUAAACCACGUCACCAUGUGAACCUAAAUCACUGAAACUCCGCCCCCAUGUUGAGACAGAGUCCUUUUUGAAUGACAAUUUAUUUUUUAUUUUAAACAUCACCGUGGGAUGAAACUCCGCCCCCUUUAACUAAACUGUCCGGUUCAGACCGAGUUCCUUCUGAGUGACAGUUUUUUGUUUUUUUUUUUAUUUAAACUCAAACUUCCAGCUAUUGUCACCACGGAUUAAGCUCCACCUCCUUUCUGGAACAGUUGCUGAAACGAUGGUGUCGGUUUUUAGUGUUCUGUCAUUCUUUUUACACGAUCUAUUUAUUUUAAAUAUAAUAAAGCAGGUCCUGAGGCUCGCCGUGUCAGCACACGCCCCUUUCCCUUACCGUGAAUGCUUCUUCUUGUGCCGUGUCGCAAGCCCUUCCAACUUGACCUUCGCCCCACCCCCCUUUGCGCUGUGAACUAUGAAUUCUGGGAAGCAUAGUUCCUUUCCCUUUCCUGGCUGUGUAUAAUGUUAAACUUUGCAGAAAGAAGAGAACCAUGUAAUUGUCCAUUUUGUUUUGUUUUUUUAUCCUAAGAUAAUAAAUCUAUAUAAAUCUAUCUAUAUACAAUACACAGAAGCGCAGGGAACCAGUGUUUGCAAUAAUGUUAACACUCAACAUUUAAAGGACAAACUGGUGUGCAUGUUAUAUUGGAGUUAGUGUACAUGUUUAAUAAAUGCUAUACAAUGUGUUUUUAUUAAA